AUGCCUAGAAGCACCGCGGAUGAGAUCAAAGCCCAGGAACGAGCAUCGCAUCAGAUGUUGCGGUCCUCUGUUGUGGGAGGAGAGCAGGCCCAGUCUGCUUCAUCUAUGCCAGGCGCAUAUCAACAGUCAUCAACUGCCGGAUUUGUCACUUCAAAAGACACUGCUAGGGAAGCUGUUGUUUCCAAGUACGUAUUUGACGGCCCCAGCAGUGAAGAUGAUGAUGCGUCUGUCUCUGGACAUGGCGAUUACCCAACGCAACCCAUGCCCUCGCUUUCUUACGAAUCGAUGAAUCUGGACGGCAAGGUGCGGCGAGAGUCAUCCGCCCAGAAGCCAGGAUCUAUCAGAGUCUCUGGGGGGACCAAUCAAGCUGAUGCUAAGGCAGCAAGAGCUUCUGCUAACGCUGACCGUGCCAGGGGCCGGUCCAGAAGCUUCGACUCUACUGAGCAUGACGGCCUUGCCAAGGAUAUUCCGAAUACCCGUCGGGUGAGUUCCAACGAAACAUACAAGGCUAUUAGUUCUUCUAACAAAAGAAGCGAAGUCCGAGAGAACUUUGGCGCUCCAGCAGCUCCACUGCAGCUCAGCUGCAGUACUUAUAGCGGCAGCGGUAAUUCUCCUGAAGAUGAUCCUUCAAGCCCAAGCACCAUACAACAGCCCAAUGCUAACAACGAGCGUAGAGACUCUGGGGAUGGUUCUCAAAUUUCUGCCCAACUCAUUGAUGAAAUGCAAGAGCAAGAACGACUCAAGAAUACCCUCAAUAAUGUCCUCCAGCAACAGAGCGCCGUUCAAGUGGUCGAUGUUGCAGCUGAAGACCGCCUCAAACGUAAGCGACAGAGACGUAACUUUUGUCUGUACACGCUGCUGGCUGUUGCUCUUCUAGGGGGCGUCGUUGCUGCAGUUGUCAUCACCUCUCAGGACAACAACGUUACCUUACCACCUACCAUAUCGCCCAGCAUAUCACCCACAAUGGCACCGACUACUCGAGAGUCGGCUGUGAUCGAGGCAGUUAUAGAUCAAUUUGGAGAUCUCCCGGAAGACGAGAAUACGCCACAAUACCGUGCUAUUCAGUGGCUGACAGAUAUGGAUACCACCAUCGAAUUCCCCUUGGAUUCAGAAGAGGCAGAAUAUACAAUGUUGGAGCGCUACGUGGCUGUGGUCUUUGCCUACACCACUCAAUACUGGUAUUGGGUCAACAAUGACAAUUGGUUGAAUCCAGACUUACCAGUCUGUGAAUGGUUUGGAUUGACUUGUAAUGAUGAUGGGCGCAUUGGAGUCUUGGAUCUUGCUGCUCAGAACCUUGAUGGACCCAUUCCAAGUGAAAUUGGAUACUUGGACAAUCUUGAUUUUGUCUUUUUGUUCCGUAAUAAGCUGAGCGGACCCAUUCCAAGCGAGGUUGGAAAGCUCGGAGACGUCGAUUUCAUGUACCUCAACGAGAACCUGCUGACAGGUCAUAUCCCUGAUGAGCUCUCUGGCCUUUUGGAUGCUGAUGAACUCUUUUUGUUUGGAAACCAACUAAAUGGUACGAUUCCAGCAGCCUUUGGCGGACUUGUUGACUUGGUGAACCUCUACAUGCAUGAUAAUAGGCUAUCCGGUGAGAUCCCAAGCAGCCUUAGCCAGCUGAAGCGACUUCAACGGUUGUAUUUGCAAGACAAUAACAUCCAAGGUCAGAUUCCUUCGGAAUUGGGCGGUAUCAUUAGUCUUCAACGGAUUCAACUUCAUAACAAUAGACUGACUG